CGUGUGUACCGUAUGCGUUGAACAGCUGAUGACGACGACGAUGCGAUGCUCAACUGGUACGUGAUAAUGAACCGCUGUUUUGAAAGAAAGACAUAAAUAUCAGCAGGGAAAUAAAUAUAAACUGGACUUAUAUUUCUGAUCAUUGGAAAAACUGUGUCGAACUAUUCAACUGCUGGGCGUCAGCCUCUAUUGAUCUGAUACGGUCGAUCCGAAAUGGUCAUCUGUUGAUUUGGAGGUCUGACACCAAACCCAAACACUUUUGUGGGUCAUUUCUCAAAAUACAGGAUUUGGGAAAUCAUGUCAUGUGCAACUUUUUGUGCAAGGAGAUUAGCUUUAACAAGCUGCCAAAAUGUGUUCAGAAAGUUUGUUCACGAAGAUGCUGUUACAAGCAGAUAUUUCAACAAGAAACUGGAGACAAAGUCGAAAGAGUUCUCAGAGGAGCAAUUCAGUGUCUCUGCUAAAUCUAUAGGACUCCUGAAAAAUUCUGGCCAUCAUAGAUGUGAUCUCAAUUUCAAAAAUAUGUAUCAUCUUGCCACACACACAAUUAGUCAAAAUUGUGGAAAACACCUGUUGGCAAGGUACAGUACAUGUGUCUUUGGUAAUCAUGGACAAACAUUCUUAUUGUAUAGACAAGCGUUAGAUAACAAUGUGUUUCUGACCAGGAACUUUCACCAAGUGCUUCUAGUAAAAUGGAAACCAUGUGCUGGGAUGAACUUAUUAGUGACAGGAGAACAUCCCUGUAUAGCUGAAUGGAAAGAUCAUCAGCCAUUAAAAAAGCUUUCCAAUGGUGCAUUAGCAGUUCCAGUAUGCUUUAAAUCUACAACGACAUCAAGAGACAAGGUCCGGGCAAGGUUGCAGCGCAAGCUUCCAGAUCUUAAGGAGGAGGAGCUAGAAGAGCAAUUUGUUAGGGGGUCUGGACCAGGAGGUCAGGCGACCAACAAGACCAGUAACUGUGUGGUCCUCAAACAUAUCCCUACUGGACUUGUUGUCAAGUGUCAUCAGACACGAUCCCAGAGUGAAAAUCAGAAGAUAGCCCGUCUCUUGAUGAAGGAGAAGCUGGAUCAACAUCUCCAUGGCAACCAAAGCGCCCAGGCGCAACAUCAGCAGGUGAUGCACAAGAAACGAGAGGAGAAGAAGCGAAAGACCAGACUGAAAUUGGAAAAGCUGAAGGUGCUACGAGCAAGUGGAGAUGAAGAGGAGUCGGGUAGUUCGGGAAAUCAAGAUGCUGUAAAGGACAAAGUUACAUUUGAUGCUUCCUCAAACACUGACAGGGAUUCCAACUCAGAUGGAAAGUUGGUUUAAAUUAAAGAAGAACAAUAAAUGAAGUU